AUGUUUGUAGUUCUGGUGGGGCUGGUAGGGCACGCCUCCUACCAGCCGCGGAGAGACCCCUCGCUACACAAGCCAGUCAACCGACGGACGCGCCCGCAUGCGUACACCGCACGAACCAGUUAUGUGAAUGGGAGAGAUCGUUCAAUGUUAAAGAAACAAAGAUUAGAGGACACAGAACUUAAUAUGGCGAUACAGAGCGUCUCCAAGUAUCAGAGCAGUGCUGUGGAAGGAACCGAACCUCCUAAGGCCAGGAUAAGUUUCAGCGUAGCGUCUAUACUGGCUGACACGAAGCAGAAUGACACCGCUGAGAUGUUGAGACAUCAUCUGACUAUAUCGGAGUCACCGUUACGACAAUCUCCAGGCUCACAGCCUGAAUUACCUGGAGGGAAGUCUCUGUCGCGACCGGCUUCAAUCACACCGCCGCUGAACUUAAACGUAACAGCGUCUUCAGAUGAGGAGUACGAAGAUUCCGUGAAGGAGGACUCGAUAGUGGAUGUCGAAGACUUACAGAAUAGUCUUCAGAGUGAUGAUGAUGAGAGAGUGGAUAAGGAGAGAUUGGGUCCUAUUCGGCCGACGCCGUUCAGCGCGUUGGCUGCAGCAGCGGCGGCGUACCACAGCCUCACAUGGCCCGCACCGGCAUCUGUAGUGCCAAGCUUCGGACCGAUGUUCCAAUCACACUUCCCAGUUGGACAUAUUACCGAUGCUAACGGGGAGCCGCCGAAGCUUAAGUGCAAUUUGCGUAAGCACAAGCCGAAUCGCAAGCCACGGACGCCGUUUACUGCACAACAAUUACGUGCUCUGGAGAGCAAGUUUGUUGAUAAGCAAUAUCUGAGCAUUGCUGAGCGAGCGGAGUUCUCAUCAUCACUCGGCCUUUCGGAGACUCAGGUGAAAAUCUGGUUCCAGAAUCGUAGGGCGAAAGCAAAACGUGUUCAAGAAGCCGAGAUAGAAAAGUUGAAGAUGGCACAGUUUGCGCGUCAUCCUCAUCAUAUGUACACGCAUCCAUUACAGCAAUACUUCCCCCAUCACCUCAUGGGUCGACCUUUACCACCAAUGAUGCCGCACUUAACUAUGCAAUCACCGGGAUCCCCUUCACCGAACACACAGACAAACGGACAAUGA